UUCCCAAUUUCACUGUUUUGCUUUUAUCUGUGGUUGCUCCUUCAGUUUAACCUGGUGUGUGAGGAUUCCUGGAAGUUGGAUAUCUUUCAGUCGUGUGUGAAUGCUGGGUUUUUUAUCGGCUCUGUAAACAUUGGCUACAUAGCAGACAGGUUUGGCCGUAAAUUUUGCAUCUUAACUACCGUAUUCGCAAAUACUAUUUGUGGCCUUCUCCUGGUCUUUGUGCCCACCUACCUGUGGAUAUUGAUCUUCCGUUUCCUGCAAGGACUGGUCAGCAAGGGCUGCUGGACUGCGGGCUACAUCGUGGUCACAGAAGUUGUUGGGCCGAGAUACAGGAGAACAGUGGGGAUUCUCUAUCAGGCGGCCUUCUCGGUUGGUCUCCUUGUGUUUGAUGUUGUUGCUUAUGCAAUUCCUCACUGGAGAUGGCUGCAGCUCACGGUUACUCUGCCAUGUUUCUUCUUCCUGCUCUACUACUGGUGCCUCCCGGAGUCUCCCAGGUGGCUGAUAUCUCAAGGGAAAAAUGACAAAGCUAUGAAAAUUAUUAGUGACAUGGCCAAAAAAAAUCGGAAGAAGAUGCCUUCCCAUCUUGAGGAUAUUAAAUUUGAAGAGGAAGAUGGUGGAAAACAGACCCCUUCCCUCUUUGACCUUGUUAGGACACCACAGAUGAGGAAAAAUACUUUCAUUUUGAUGUACACCUGGUUCACCAGCUCAAUCCUCUACCAGGGCCUCAUCAUGCACAUGGGACUAGCUGGUGGGAACAUGUAUCUGGAUUUUCUCUAUUCCGCUCUUGUUGAGUUCCCAGCUGCGUUCAUGAUUAUCGCCACCAUUGACCGCAUCGGGCGACGCUACCCAUGGGCUGCAUCAAAUCUGGUGGCUGGAGCCGCCUGCCUUGCUACUGCCCUGAUCCCAGAGGACCUACACUGGCUAAAAGUGAUCACCGCUUGCAUUGGGCGAAUGGGAAUCACGAUGGCUUUUGAAAUGGUUUGCUUUGUGAACACCGAGCUGUAUCCAACAUAUAUCAGGAACCUUGGCGUAAUGGUCUGCUCUGCCUUGUGUGACAUUGGCGGGGUUGUCCCCCCCUUCAUCGUCUACAGACUGGUGGAGGUGUGGCAGGAGCUGCCGCUGAUCGUCUUCACUGUUCUUGGUUUAAUUGCGGGUGGAUUGGUUUUGCUUCUGCCCGAAACUAAAGGAAGAGUUCUGCCUGAGACGGUUGAAGAUGUUGAAAACUUGCACAGGCAAGGAGCUCCAAAGGAGAAACAAAUCUAUCUCCAUGUCCGAACAUCAGAAGCAGCACAUGACUGAAGAAUGCAGACCUCUUGCUGGGUAGUAUGCUUUAGAGCAGUAGUACUGAAAAACAAA